CUGCCUUUUAACCGCCUGUGCCAUCAAAUCCAACCCCACUUUGGAGAAGCUUUGCUGAUGAAUAUCUUUUUUUCAUCUCCUACUCCAGUUGCUGGUGAGAAGAGGGUGCCAGUGAUGCCCGGAUCGCCUGUGGAAGUGAAGAUACAGUCCAGGUCCUCUCCUCCCAACAUGCCACCACUGCCCCCCGUGAACCCCGGCGGCCCCCGGCCGGUGUCCUUCACCCCGACUGCACUGCCCAAUGGAAUAAACCAUUCCCCUCCGACGCUGAACGGGGCACCAUCCCCACCCCAGAGGUUUAGCAACGGUCCUUCCUCCUCCUCCUCCUCCUCGCUGACAAACCAGCAGCUCCCAGCCACGUGCGGCGCCCGGCAGCUCAGCAAGCUGAAGCGCUUCCUCACUACCCUGCAGCAGUUCGGCAAUGACAUUUCGCCAGAGAUCGGGGAGAAGGUCCGGACCCUCGUCCUGGCAUUAGUGAAUUCAACGGUGACAAUCGAGGAAUUUCACUGCAAGCUGCAAGAGGCGACGAACUUCCCCCUCCGGCCGUUUGUGAUCCCCUUUCUGAAGGCCAACCUCCCGCUGCUGCAGAGAGAGCUGCUGCACUGCGCCCGGGCUGCCAAGCAGACGCCCUCCCAGUACCUGGCGCAGCACGAGCACAUCCUGCUGAACACAAACACCACGUCCCCCGCUGACUCCUCCGAGCUGCUCAUCGAGGUGAACGGGAAUGGGAAGAGGCACAGUCCGGACAGAAGGGAAGACAGCAGCUUUGAGAGGGAGCCGCUGCCGACGGAGCCUCCGGCCAAGAGGGUGUGCACCAUCAGCCCCGCGCCCCGGCACAGCCCUGCCCUGACAAUCCCCCUGAUGAACCCCGGGGGACAGUUCCACCCCACCCCGCCGCCCCUCCAGCACUACACCUUGGAAGAUAUCGCGACAUCCCAUCUCUACAGGGACCCCAGCAAGAUGUUGGAGCACCGAGAGAUUCGGGACAGGCACGGCAGUCUUGGUUUGAAUGGAGGAUACCAGGACGAGCUGGUGGACCACCGCUUAACAGAGAGAGAGUGGGCUGACGAGUGGAAGCAUCUCGAUCACGCACUGAACUGCAUCAUGGAGAUGGUGGAGAAAACCCGGCGCUCGAUGGCCGUGCUGCGGCGCUGUCAGGAGGCCGAUCGGGAAGAGCUCAACUACUGGAAGAGGCGGUGCAGCGAGACAGCCGAGCCGCGGAAGGCGGGCAGCGAGCUCAUCUCCAGGCAGCACAGCCCCAGCAGCUCCGACUCCAUCGGCAGCGAUUCGUUGCGGGAGUUCAGCAGCAGGUCGGGAACGGGCUACGUCACUGAAGAGAUAUGGAAAAAAGCUGAAGAAGCCGUGAAUGAGGUGAAGCGCCAGGCCAUGUCGGAGGUGCAGAAAGCGGUGGCGGAGGCCGAGCAGAAGGCGUUUGAGAUGAUUGCCUCCGAGAGGGCUCGGAUGGAGCAGACCAUCGCGGACGCCAAGCGCCAGGCCACCGAGGAUGCUUUCUUAGUGAUAAACGAACAGGAGGAGUCUACGGAGAGUUGCUGGAACUGCGGUCGCAAAGCCAGCGAGACAUGCAGCGGCUGCAACAUCGCCCGGUACUGCGGCUCCUUCUGCCAGCACAAGGACUGGGAGAGGCACCACCGAAUCUGCGGCCAAGGCCUGCACAGCCAGAGCAAGCCGCUGGCUCUGCCCACGGGCCGAUCGGCAGCUGCCGCCGCCGCCAAGAGCCUCGACGGCGUGCCCAGCCCGGCCCUCGAGAAGACUUCGGCGACCACUUCCCGGUCCUCCACUCCGGCAUCCGUGACAGCAAUAGAUACGAACGGACUCUAAAGGGGAAGUUUUGGUUCAGUCCAUUUGAUUAGUUUCCCUGGGGUUUUUUUAAGCCGAAAAAAAACCCCACAGCAACUUUUAUCACUUGACACAUUUGACACAUCGCGCCGCCUCCUCAGAGCGCCGACACUCGGGCUGUGCCAUCUCGUUCUGCCUUUUUUCUUUUGUGGCUCGUGAAGAACUGGGGCUGGCCUUGCCCACGGCGCCUCCGUGCCCGUCUCUCUGCAGGGGGGGUACCAGAGCAUCACUGGGGACCUGGAGGAGGCCCGGCACUCGCUCGGGGGGACCUGGACUUGGUGGAGAGCGCUGCCGGCGCACGCGGAAGAUGCUGAGCCCCGUCCUCAUGGGUCAAACGUGCUCAAGCUCCUUUCCUGAGGUGUCUGAGCCACCUCCUCCUUCAGCUACCUUUCUUCCAUAGUAUGCAUCUAUUUUUUUGCCUUGCUCCCAGACAGUGGUGUCUCAGAUGGCCGCGCUGGCUGGUUGUUGCUGUGAACAGACCGGAGCCGAUUUUCCCAGCAGGAGCAUCUCAUCCUCUAGUGCAAUGGCAAAAGCCAAGCCGUCUUCUCUUCUCCCGCCUGCAGGUUGGCUGCUGAUGGUUGCAGAGAGGGAGGAGAGGAUUCAUCUGCUCUAAACCAAAUGUCCGUAGCAGGGAAGUACGGCUGGUCACUUCUGGAUGGCCUGGUUUUAAUCCCAUUCUGUGACGGGACAGGCAGUUGCGUGUUACCCUGGGUGGGACCUUUGCUUGGGGAAAGCGCGGAGCAAAUCUGGGUUGGUUGCGGGCGGUUAUUGCCCUUUUCACCUGGGUACCAUUAUUUUGCUAUGCAGAAAGCGUUUUUUUUCACUGCAUGGAAGUUGUUGGUUUGAGAGUUGUUGCUGUUGUUUUUAACCACAGAGAUCCUCACGCGAUUGCGAUGGAUUAUUUAUAGUCUGUUCUCUCCAUGCGUGUUGGCCAAACUAUUAAAAAAAAAACGCAGGACUUGGU